AUGGAUUUGCAGCUGAAACAAUGGAGAAGCCAGCAGAUGCAACAGCAGCUGACAGAGUCAGAAGAACAACCAUCUGCAGCCAAGAUACCAAAACAUGUCUUUGAUCAGAUUCAUUCCCAAACUGCUACUUCCACUGCUCUACCUCUCUUUACCCCUGAGCCAACCUCUUCUAAACUCUCCUCUUUGUCUCCUGAUUCUUCUUCCAGGUUCCCCAAGAUGGGGAGCUUCUUUAGCUGGGCACAGUGGCAAGAACUUGAACUACAGGCACUGAUCUACAGGUACAUGUUGGCUGGUGCUGCUGUUCCUCAAGAGCUCCUUUUACCAAUCAAGAAGAGUCUUCUCCAUCUAUCUCCUUCCUACUUUCUUCACCACCCUCUUCAACACCUCCCUCAUUACCAGCCUGCUUGGUAUUUGGGGAGGGCGGCGAUGGAUCCAGAGCCAGGGAGAUGCAGGAGAACGGACGGUAAGAAGUGGAGAUGUUCAAGGGACGUCUUCGCCGGCCACAAGUAUUGCGAGCGCCACAUGCACCGUGGCCGCAAUCGUUCAAGAAAGCCUGUGGAAACUCCCACCGUCAAUGCCAGCACCGCCACCACCACAACAACUUCCAUGGCUGCCGCCGCCGCGGCCGCAGCUCCACCCACGGCAACAUCGUCUUCUUUUGCCUUCGGUGGCGGUGGUGGUGAGGAAGUGGGUCAAGGAGGAUCUUCUUGUUUCUUCUUCUCUGGCUCUUCCAAUUCUUCAUCUGAACUUCUUCAUCUUAGUCAAAGUUGUACAGAGAUGAAGCAAGAAAGCAACAACAAGACCAACAAGAGGCCAUACGAAUCCCACAAUGGAUUCAGCAACAACGGAUCAGACGGAGGACACAUCCUGAGGCACUUCUUUGACGACUGGCCUCGCUCUGAAGCUGACAAUAGUUCAAGUCCCAUGAGCUCAGCCACUUGUCUUUCCAUCUCCAUGCCCGGAAACUCUUCCUCGGACGUCUCUUUGAAGCUGUCCACAGGAAACGAAGAGGAAGCCCGGAGCAACAACAAUGGAAGGGACCAGCAAAACAUGAGCUGGUGGAGCGGUGGAGGAACCCAUCACAACCACCACCACAUGGGUGGACCUUUGGCCGAAGCUCUCAGAUCUUCCUCAUCGUCUUCCCCUACCAGUGUUCUUCAUCAGCUCGGUGUCUCCACACAAGCCUUUCAUUGA